UAGAUGACGUUUGCCAGAAAGUAACGUUAACUCGAAUUAGCUGGCUAAAGUAGGUAGUUAACUAACGUUAGUUGGCCCGAACUGGUUAAAUAAUUGCCUAGUGAAGUAGGUAGCUAGUUAGCAAAGCAUGAAGCAAUUUCACCUACCAAUACUCAAGACGUGCUCGCUGCGGUGACAUGUUGACGUUAACUUGUGCUGCUACCUACGAACAUUUUCAAAGCUUUGCUAAAGCAUGGAAGAAAAGCCCUGCUCUUCAAGUGCUGCAACAGCGGACAGCUCUGUCGACGUGAUGGCGGAGGCAAAGAAGUUGAUUGGCGCUGGGAACAGGCAUCUGGUGAUGGGUGAUGUAGUUUCUGCAGUCAACGUGUUCCAGGAGGCUUGUGGCAUGUUGGCUGAGCGGUAUGGGGACACUGCAGAUGAGUGUGGAGAGGCCUUCUUCCUGUGUGGGAAGUCUCUGCUGGAGCUUGCCAGGAUGGAGAACACUGUCUUGGGUGACGCUCUGGAGGGAGUCCCUGAGGAGUCAUCUGAAGAGGGAGAGAAGCAGGAGAACUCAAAGUUUGAGAGCGCUGACAACUUGGAUGAGAAAACGAGGGACGAGCUUCGAAUGCAGGUAUAUGAGGCAAUGGCAGAGAAGGAAACCACUAAUGGGAAAGAUGACAAAACUGAGCCAAAGGAGGAAGGGAAGAAGGAAGAGGGGAAGAUGGAAACAACGGCAAAGGAGGAGGGCGCUGCCAAGUCUCCUGUCAAGAAUGGGCAUGAGCAUUUGGAACCUCCUGUGACUGGGGUGGAGAAGACUCCUGAAGGGAAAGCGGAAGGUGGGAAGGAGAAUGAUGUGAAGACUUCUGAAGAGCAGAAUGGAAACGGCGAAGAGGCUGAGGAAAAGAUGGAGGGUGAAGAUGACGACGAUGAUGAUGAUGAUGAAGGGGAAGGCACUGCUGAAGACAAGGAGAGCGAUGAGGAAGUGGGUAACCUGCAGCUGGCCUGGGAGAUGCUGGAGGUUGCCAAGGUCAUCUAUAAAAGGAAGGAGAAUGAGGCGGACCAGUUGAUGGCAGCGCAGGCCUAUCUGAAGCUGGGAGAAGUUGGUGCUGAAUCUGGUAACUACCCUGCGGCGGUGGAGGACUUCCAGGACUGCCUGUCCCUGCAGCUGAAGCACCUGCCCCCCCACAGCCGCCUGCUGGCUGAGACUCACUACCAGCUGGGAAUGACUUACUGCUAUACAGGCCAGUACAGCCAGGCCAUCCAGCACUACAGCAGCUCUGUCAAGGUCAUUGAGGGCCGCCUGGCCAUGCUCCAGGAGGUGAUCGACAAGGGUGAGGAUGGAGCUAAGGAUGAGAAGACUGAGCUGGAGGAGCUGAAGCUGCUACUGCCGGACAUCGCUGAGAAGGUGGAGGACGCCAAGGAGAGUCAGAGGACUGCAGGAUCAGCUUCUGUGGCCAUACAACAUACCCUGUCCGGGGCCUCUACUUCGUCAGCAUUCCCAGCUUCCUCAUCGGCUUUAGCAGAAAACAGUGGACCAUCUUCGUCAGCAUUCGAAGCCAGUCAGAUCCCUGUCAGGUCAGCGGCUGACUGUGCAUCCUCCAAAUCUGCAUCAGACAUUUCCCACCUGGUCAGGAAAAAGAGGAAAAUGGAGGAGAGCCCCGUAAAGGACACUGAUGCUAAAAAGACCAAGCAGGAAACUACAGUUAAUGGCAGCGGCGACUCCGGCUCUGCCAGCAACGGCAAUGAAGUCCAGGAUAAAGGGGCACAGGAGCCUGCCAAGCCGUCCUCUGCGGAGUCUUCUGCGUGAUGUCAAUUCCUCGUGACUUCCUGAUCGUCCAGCCUGUCCCCCUAACACUUGUUUCUGUAAAUAUGACAAUUUUCUCACUUGCCCAAGUUUUGUAUACUUGUAGUAAUAAAAGUUAAAAUGUGCAUAUCUGAA